GGAGCCACUGCAGGACACUGUUAGUGUUCUCCCGAAACGAUGUGUCAACCACCAGACAUAGGAUAAACACGAAGCUAAACCACGAGACAGGCCAGGCGCACCACUUAGACUAUUUGAACAUUACUGUCAUGAUGGGGGAAACGUAAGCUAAGCUAGGAAGCUGUUAGCUAGUGGUUUGCACUGUAGAAGAAGAGGAUACAGGGUCUUAAUGGAUAACCAUGGCAACAGCAGCAGCAGCAGCAGCAGGGGAAGCGUUGAGCAGCAGCCUACGAGAGCGAUAUAAACACUGAAUACAGACGGGGAAGGCAUCAUACAUCCGCCGACCGAAAGGAAAGUGUCGCUGCAGGUUGUGAAGCCAAAGCCUUGUGGAUAUUAAUUAGACAGUGGUGAGUGCAUCAGUGAGCAAGGGGAUGACCUGGAACAUAUCAUGUCUGAAGUACAGGGGACGUUGGAGUUUUCUGUAGAGCUGCACAAGUUUCACAAUGUGGAUCUCUUCCAGAGAGGAUUCUACCAGGUCCGAGCAGGGUUGAAGGUCUCUCCUCGUGUACCACACAGGUUGAUAGCAACAACACCAGGGAAUGCAGGUGACUGUAGUUUCAGCUCUGCGGGGGUCCAUGAUGGGGUCCAUGAGGACACUACAGUGUUCAGCCGGAUCUUCCAGAUCCUCUACCGAAACGAAGAGGUCAAUGUCGAUGACCGCAUGCUCUUCAAGGUCCACCUACUGCUCGAUGGGGAGAGGGUGGAAGAGGCUCUGAGUGAAGUGGACUUUCAGUUGAAGCUGGACCUUCAUUUCACAGACAACGAGGAACAGUUAGGGGACAUCGUGACAGUCCCAGUCAUCAGCAGUAGAACCCUGGGUCUCCACUUCCACCCCAGGAGAGGUCUCCACCACCAUGUACCUGUCAUGUUCGACUACUUCCACCUGUCCGUCAUCUCUGUUUCCAUACACGCAUCCUUGGUGGCCCUGCAUCAACCUCUCAUCAGUUUUGCCCGUACAGGGAAGGGUUCCUGGUUGGGGAAGGGCUCUCCGGAGAACGGUACUGACGUGUCAGCCAUGGGGGUAUCCAUGGAGAACCUGAUGUUUGGGGCUGGAUACUGCAAACCUGUCAUCACAGAGGGUAGUUUCUACGUCCCUAGUGAGAACUGUCUUCAGAGAGCUCACACGUGGCAUGGUAGACUCUGUCGCCUCCUACUGGUGGUACACCGAGGCGUACGCCGCUACUAUACCACUCUGAUGAAGGAGAUACCACAGCUGGACCAAGUGGAAAUAGAGGAGCUACCUGUGGAAGAAACAUUAAAUCAGCUCACAAUAGAAUUACAGCUGCAGGGGGGUCAUGAGAAGGUAGCAGAACAGAUCAGUAGAGACCUCACCCUGCUCUGCUCCCAGCUGUCGGCUUUGUGGACCCGCUUCCUGGAGGCUGCCGUACCCAACACACAUAUCCUGUCCCACCUCGCCCAGGAACACCACACACUCAGGGUCAGGCGGUUUUCAGAGGCAUACUUCUUCACAGAACACCCCAAAGAGACAUCCCUGACAUUUCAAGAGGACCUGAUCAACAGACACGGUCAGAUAGCUGUGGAGGUGCGUAACUCCAACUACCUGACCAGGAUGCCACCAUUACCUGUAGAGUGCCUGGACAUUGACGGAUACUGGAACAGCCUGCCUAUCAUCUUCGAGGACCGAUAUGUAGAGUCUCCACGGACAGAUUGGGGAUCAUAUGCACCAACACAUCUGCCCACCAGUGAGCAGGCCAUCCCCAAGCCUCCUGUCACUGAUACAAACAUUAGUCCUCCUGCCCUGGACCAGCUCGCCAGCUCACCAGCAAUACCAACCCAGGAGCCUAAAGACAGUGAGGCUACGUACAGGUCUCUCAUAGGAGAGCAGAGCACCAGCGUUAUUACUGACAAGAUAGGUUCUCCAUCUAUUGAGACUCCAGACCCAGACCAGGCAGAAACAGACCGGGGAGAGCCAGUCCAGCCAGGGGAUCCAGAGGAGCAGACUGAGACAGAGGAGAUCUCAGAGGAGAGCCCUGGUUUAGGACUGAGGUUUCUUACAGUCAGACCCACUGAUGUGGAUCCGUUCAGAGGAGAGGCAGGGCUCUCCUCCAACCACAAACACUGUACAGACCCACAACAUACUUCUAACAGUGAAGACACAACUUGGAAAGACUUGGAGAACCAUCAAGACAUCAUCACACAGAGAUACCAGAACAUUAUCAGUACAGGAAUUGACUUGGAUGAUGUUCCUCUGAGCAGUCUAACCACUAACUCCCAGGCUCCACUCAAAGAUCAUCCCCUCACGCCCCCUCUACCUACAGACCUGAGGAGAGAACUGGCCAACCGAGGGGUGGGGGUUGGUGGCUCCAAGAUCCUAAACCGCUCCCCCUCCGUCAUCUCCGACUCUGGCAUCGAGAGCGAGCCCAGCUCGAUGGCUUGGCCCCUGGAUGUUUACCGGAUGGGAGGAGGGCGCCCUCUGGAGGAGAGCCUGGUACUGCAGCGCCUGGCGAGGAGAAACCCGGCCCACCGCAGUUCCCUAGAGGGCCUGCAGACAGAGAGCGGAAACAGCAGGGGCAGCCUGCCCAGUGGAGGGGGUGGCAGGGCUGGCAUCCAGGCCUCCCUCACCUCCAUCUCCUCCCUGCCCUACGAGGAUGACGAGGAACAGAGGAACCAGCUCAGUAAACUGACCAAGUCUGUCUCAGCUCCUCAGAUCUCCAGCCCUGAGGACACAGAAGAGGACCAGGGAGGAGCGGAGGAGGAGGUAGACACGGAGAGCGAGGGGACCAGCGGGUACCAGGACCAGGAGGAGGGAUACACUACCAUCUCCACUGCUGCCACUAAUGUAACGACUGGGGAUGUGAUCAGACACAUGGAGUCCUUAUCCGGGGUUAACCACUCCUCUCUGGAGGACAUCCAGGAGGGAGAGCUGCCUGAGGUUGGUCUGUUUGACUGGGGAGCAGCUCCGUCACCGCCCCAGCAGGUGACAAGAGCUAAUCAGGAGAGUGGUUGUGAUCUUAAAGAAACUCUUAGAUCUAAUGAAUCUGCUCUGCCAGAGGCCCUGUCAGACACUCAGGACAUGAAGGCAGUCUUAAGUGGCAUUAGUCGAGUUCCUGAAGUCUUGCUGUUCCAACAGUAUGUCGAAGGUCAUGAUGACAUGAAGGAUCCAGCUAUAGUCCGUCAGAUGGAGGAUAAGAACCAUCACAGAGGAGAUAGCAGUGGUGUGUUAAACUCAGUUGACCCAGGUCUCUGUGAAGUAGAGAUCGGCCCCUGUAGCUGUGAGACCAAACCCUGUGAACAUGACAGCAGUGUGCUGGUGGAUGAUGUGAAGGAUAAUCCAGUCAGGGAUGACUGUCAGAGUCUCCAUCAGAUUGGGUUGAAUGACCUUGUUGACCAGGAACGGCUGGAUCAUCACCAGACUACGUCCCAGAGCCUCCAUCGGGUCGGGUUGCGUGACCUAGUGGUGGUCUCACAGAGGAAGAGCCUCCAUGACCCCAGGCCUAUCCCCUCUAUCCCCAACCACACAGAGAGACCCAUCCACCUCCUAGGUCUUAUUGCCAAUGAUACGGCCAGGCCUGAUGACCUCAUAGGGCUCCCGGCCAAUGAGAGAGAGGAGCUGGAUCUCAACGGUCAGACGAAGCUGGCUAAGAUCCCCAGUAGCUCGGGGUCAGUGGCGGGCUCGGGGUCAAGCUCAGGGUCAAACUCAGGGUCAGGCCUAUCCUUUAUGAAUAGGAAGAUGGUGGAGGUGGUGAAUAUGUCUGUGUCCUGCGCUCCGACCUGUCUUCCCUUCUCCUCCGUUGUCCGGGACUCACCGUCCAUUAGCGGCAUCUCCACUCGACAAGCCGCAUCCCCCAUUACCCAUCAGCCCCUGGGCUCCUUCGGCAUCAUCUCUUCAUCCUCGUCCAAUGCCCUGGGGCCAGAUGAUGAAACAAACGAGAGGAUGCUGCAUUUCUACAGGUCCAAAGAGGAUCUGGUGAAGGAGCUGGUAUUCCAGGCAACCCUGUACAGUGACCUCCCUCACCUGGCCUCCGACCUGCCCUACUUCCCCCCUGAGGAGGAGGAUGAGGAGUUUGAGGAUGGCAUACACCUGGUCGUCUGUGUCCACGGCCUUGAUGGCAACAGUGCAGACCUUCGCCUGGUGAAGACCUUCAUAGAACUGGGAUUACCAGGGUCCAGACUGGACUUCCUCAUGUCUGAGAGGAACCAGACUGACACGUUUGCAGAUUUUGACACCAUGACGGACAGGCUACUAGACGAGAUUAUCCAGCACAUUCAGCUGUACAACCUCACCAUUGGACGGAUAAGUUUCAUCGGUCACUCUCUUGGGAACGUGAUCAUCCGGUCGGUUCUGACAAGGCCUCGGUUCCGCUGCUACCUGAUCAAACUGCACACCUUCCUGUCUCUGUCUGGACCACACCUGGGAACUCUGUACAACAACAGCACGCUGGUCAGCACAGGUCUGUGGCUGAUGCAGAAGCUGAAGAAAUCCGGAUCGUUGCUGCAGCUUACCUGCAGAGAUCAUACCGAUCCUCGGAAAACAUUCCUCUAUCUCCUCAGCCAGAAACCAGGGCUCCAGUUUUUCAAGAAUGUGGUGUUGGUGGCAUCGCCUCAGGACAGAUAUGUUCCCUUCCACUCUGCCAGGAUAGAGAUGUGCAGGACUGCACUCAAAGACAGGACCACAGGUCCAGUGUACACGGAGAUGAUCAACAACCUACUUCAUCCGUUGGUGGGGUCUAAAGACUGUCGUCUGAUUCGCCAGAAUGUGUUCCACGCCCUGCCGAACACCGCCAACACUCUGAUUGGCCGAGCCGCUCACAUCGCCGUGCUCGACUCUGAACUCUUCUUGGAGAAGUUCUUCCUGGUAGCAGGGCUCAACUAUUUUAAAUAGAACUUCAAACUACUUAAAACAGUAUUUCAAACUACAUUAAAGGGAUACUUCAGGAUUUUGGCAAUGAAAUCCUUUAUCUUCAUCCCCAGAGACAGAUUAACUUGUUGAUACCAUUUGAUUGUCUCUGUGUGCAGUUUGAAGGAAGUUGCUAACUAGCUUUAGCGCAAUUGCUAACUAGCGUUAGCACAAUGACUGGAUGUCUAUGGUAACUUCUAGCAUGCUAUAUACCAUAGACUUCCUGUCAUUGCGCUAAUGCUAGUCAGCAUUUGUUCACAAAACGACCUCUAACUUCCUUCAUACUGGAUGCAGAUACAUGGAUAAAAAAUGUAUGAGUUCAUCUGACUAUGGGAAAGUAGAAAAAGGACUUAAUUGCCAAAAACCCGAAGUAUCCUUUUAAAUAGAGGCUCACCUACUUCAAGUACAGGCUCAAAUACUUAAAGUAGAUCCACUACUUCAAAUAGAGCUGUAGCUACAAAUAAACUGUGUGUGUGUGUGUGUAUGUAUGUAUGGCUUAGAGAGGCCCUAGGUCUUAAUGAAGAUCUCCUUGUUGUGGUUGACCGGAUAGGAGGAUUUCGCGAGAGAAAGGGGAUUGCACCACGACUAUAUUGUGUGUGUGUGUGUGUGUGUGUGUGUGUGUGUGUGUGUGUG